AUGCUUGGAGGCUUGGAGCGGAUAAUGUUAUCCGUGAUUGGAUUGAAUAAAUUAUGCUCACUCAACACGUUUGGGCAUGCCAGCUUCGACGGGGCCAUCACAGUCCACCGAGUUCGCGACUCGACUCGGGCCUUCUACUAUGAUGUAUCCUUCGACCUGACACACCCGAAUUUGAUAAAGUUCGCAUCAUUAGAGAAGCCGCCGAUGCACUUUCACCCAUACCAGGAAGAAUAUAUCAAGGUGCUGUCGGGCACGCUCGGUGUCGAGAUCGAGAGGCGUGAAUACAAGCUGCGGUCCCAGGACGGCGAGCUACGAGUUCCACCUUGGGCGAAUCACCGUCUGUAUCCCCUCCUCAAUACAACUGAUGAUAGCGGGCGCCAGGACAGGACGACGCGGUUCCUCCUGUCGGCGGAGAAGUCAGAUGUGGCUUUCCAGCUGGACGAUACAUUCUUCCAGAAUUGGUACGGGUGUCAGGAUGAGGUCGUAACGAGUAGGGGGAAGUUCGACAUCAUUCAGAUCAUGAACAAAGAAAUGGGCGGCUACAAGACAUGUUGUGACCAAACUGAGAGAUUGAUUACCCAGAUGUUCGAUGCCGGCGGUUCCUACAUGUCAUUUCCUACCUGGAUCCCAUUCAGCAGACGAGUGGCACAGCUCGCUGGGAUUGUGGUCGGCAGAUGGCUCGGGGGCCUGCUUGGCUACCAACCCUUCCACCGCAAGUGGACUGCGAAUUGGCCACUGGCAGCUGAGAAGAUGGCGACAUCUUUUUUCCUGAGGCGUUUCGCGAGCCAGGUGAAAACGGAUUGA